AUGCUCAGUCUGGCGGGAUGCAGGCUGGGUACGCAGGCUGGCCACAGGCUGGCCGUGUCCCUCCCGCCAGGCCAGCCUGCCACCCACCGUCCGUCCCACUGUCGCUCCCUCGCCGCUGCUCCUGCUGCUGCUGUCUCGUCGAGUUCGAGGUCACGUCUAGCUUUCCAUCCCUCAAGUCCUCGACCAAAAAACCAAAUGGUUAACCUCGCUAUUCAGAAGCGUCUCGCUGCCUCCGUCGCCGGCGUUGGCAAGCGCAAGAUCUGGCUCGACCCCCAGGAGGCUGCCGAGAUUGGCCAGGCCAACUCGCGCUCGGGUGUCCGCAAGCUCCUCAAGGACGGUCACAUCAUUGUCAAGCCCACCGUCAUCCACUCGCGCGCCCGCACUCGCGAGCACCUCGCCUCGAAGCGCCUUGGUCGUCACACUGGCGCCGGUAAGCGCAAGGGUACCGCCGAGGCCCGUAUGCCCACCAAGGUCCAGUGGCUCCGUCGCAUGCGUGUCCUCCGUCGCCUGCUCCGCAAGUACCGCGAGUCUGGCAAGAUCGACAAGCACCUCUACCACUCCCUCUACCUCAAGGCCAAGGGUAACACGUUCAAGAACAAGCGUGUCCUCAUGGAGCACAUCCACAAGGCCAAGGCCGAGAAGCUCCGCACCAAGCACCUCGCCGACCAGAUGGAGGCCCGCCGUAUCAAGAACAAGGCCAUGCGCGAGCGCCGCGCCGCCCGCAUCGCCGAGAAGCGCCAGGGCAUCACCGAGGUCGAGUCGCACGAGGCGCAGCAGUAGGUUUUGCGCGCGUCUCGCCUUGUAGGAUAGUCAUGGAUGGUCUCUCAGGCCUUGCACUGCGCGUUUGGGUGAAGUGGGGCAAGGGCAGAGGAAGAGGCAGAGGAGGUUGAAGGGAGUUCCGGGCGGGUGUCAGUCGCUGCAGCACAGCAGAAGGCGCGAGAAUAUGUUCUGUUUGUCGUGGUCGAGGCCAGCUGCUCUACCAGCAUAUCUGAACAUCGAGAGAUUGGAGUACACGAGCGGGUGCCGAUUAAAAUUAGCAGAACUGGGAGUGGCCGAGUGGCACUUUGCAAGGUCGGGUGACUGACCCUCCUGUCCAUGCCAACCAGCCCAACCCACCACACUCUCGCUGCACUCCUACUCCGCGAUGCUAAUAUCUGCUGCAUGCUCCCCUCUACCCCGC